AUGGAUUCUUUCAAAUACGAACCGAUCGGCCUUAAGGGGCCUGCGUUUCGGUUACUCCGCCUUUUUAAAAGCGCAGAGCCUACCAUUGAGUGCGAGCUCUUUCAAGCCUGGCUCCACGGCGAUAGCACGAUUCCCUACGAGGCUUUGUCGUAUACAUGGGGUGACAAGGCAAUAUAUGAGCAUAUAAGGAUUAACGGGAGAAGUCUCGGCAUAACUAAAAAUUUGUAUCGGGCACUUUAUAAUCUCCGUUCGCAACAUACGGACCGGAUACUUUGGGUAGAUGCAAUCUGCAUUGAUCAAGCUAAUACGAGUGAACGAGGACACCAGGUUCAACAAAUGGGAAAAAUAUAUUCUCAAGCUGAUGGGGUUAUCUUCUGGUUGGGCCUACCGACACGCGAGACAAAUAUCCUUAUGGACUCUCUAAAUGAACUGCAGAAGGAGGUUGCUAUAUAUCCAUAUAAGGACUGGAACCCCUCGGACGAGCACUGGGCGACCCAAUGGUCAUCAAUACAGCUCGGAUUAAGUAGACAGCACUCGGGUCUAAUGGCGCAACAGCGUAGAGGUAUGGAGUUGCUUUUGGGGCGGCCUUGGUUCAAGAGGGUAUGGAUUUUGCAAGAAGUCGCCAACUCAAAAAGGGCUGAGGUUUGUUGUGGUACUAAAUCUAUUCCGGCAAGCUUCUUUGCACUUGCCCCAUCGCUAAUAGGCAUGGCACCAGAAUCUCAUUGUCAAGCCGUCUUGGACAUAAUGCCGGGCCUGUCAAGGAAAGGUUCUUGGUGGAGCCAGAAGCGAGAUCUUUACACACUCUUGCUAAAGUUCAAGGGAAGCAAAGCAAGCGACGAACGGGAUAUGAUAUAUGCGCUGCUCGGCAUAUCAUCAGACGCGCAUGACACCGAUAUUCUGCGUGCAGAUUAUACGAAGACCGCUAAGCAGGUUGUUCACGACGCCAUUUCAUUCUUAUUCGGCCACUCCAACUUUACUUGUCAUAAAAUCUCAGAACUCUUACGCAAUUUCACUUCUUUAAACACAAUAUCUCUCUUCCAUCUUGCGGGAUCACAUCAUGAGGACGUAGCCGCUUUUCUUAAGGACCGAGGAGGCGAGGUUAGGGUUACAGAGGACGUGGUCAAAGCCGCAAUAGUGAAUAUAAGGAGUGGGAAAGAAGUGAUAGAGCUUCUUCUUAAGCAUAAAGGAGGGGAAGUUAAGAUCACAAAAGCGGUGGUUAAAGCCGUCUCAAAGAAUACAGUAAGCGGAGAUAAAGUGAUGGCGUUUCUUCUUGAGCAACGAGGAGAAGAGGUGGUCAAAGCCGCGGCCGAGAAUAUAAGGUGCCCAAGUGAAGUGACGACGCCCCUUCCUCUUAAGCAGCAAGAAGGCGAAGUCGAGGUUACAGAGGAUAUUUCUAGUGAAAGAGGAGUAAUGACGCUUCUUCUUAAGCAGCGAGGAAGCGAAGUUAAGAUCACUGAUGGACUUGUUACGGGGCUGGCAAGAUUUUUUAGCACAACAUCUAUGAUGAAGCUUCUGGAGCAGCGAGGAGGAGAAGUCAGGGUUACAGAGGAGGUAGUUAAAGCCGCAGCAGGAAAUAUGGAGAGUGGGGAAGACAUGAUGGCGCUUCUCAUUAAGCAACGAGGAGGUGAAAUCAAGGUCACGGAGGAGGUGAUUAAAGCUGCAGCAGAGAAUAUAAUUAGUGGAAGAGAAGUAAUGGCGCUUCUUCUGGAGAAGCGAGGAGACGAAGUUAUGAUUACAGAAGAGGUAGUCAAAGCUGCAGCGGGGAAUAAAAUUAGUGGAAGAGAAGUAAUGGCGCUUCUUCUAAAGCAGCGAGGACGCGAGGUUAAGAUUACAAGGGAGGUAGUUACAGCUGCCUUACAGAAUACGGGAAGCGGCCAUAAAGUGAUGGCGCUUCUUUACAAGCAGCGAAGAAGUGAGGUCAAUAUCAUUCUUGGGCAGACUAGGCCAAGUCUACUAAGACUCGUGAGCAUACUUAUACUAAUACUUCUAAUGCUUGCGAGUCUGGUCCUUGCCUCAAGAUCUAGUCCACAAGAUUUACGGCGGACUAGCAACACCUAUUUAGUUAUAGUUCAAUCUUCUUUAGGUCGUCGGCUGAUCUUUUCGGAUUAUUGGCAAAAGUUUGUCUGUAGAUCGCACUAG